GGUUGUUGCAACAGGGCGCUUCUCUCUGCUUGCUGGCUCUGUCUCGGCUACCCUGACAUGGCACAAAAAUCUUUGACAUUUUUCACAUUUUUGUAAAGUAGCCCGACCUCGCUCUCUCUCUCUCUGACUGCAGCAAAUUCCGAAGCCACUGUGCAGAAUCAGCAACUGUCUCCUCUGGGAGCGUUAUCAAGCACCUCUGCUUUUUACUUUUAAAAUUAUUUUAGUCAAAAUGAGCGAGCGAGGUGUUGCUGUUUUGUCCUCCUGUGCAGCUGGUACGGGGGAGAGUUGCAGAUUUGAGGGGUACAUUAUCGGAGCUGGCUGAAAACAUAGGACGGAGACUUGUUGCUUGGACACAUUUAUUGAACAGAUUUCUAGCCUCUACAUUUCAGAUCUUCACUUGUGUAUGGAGGCUAGUUGGAGUGGUAGUGAGGGGGGAGAUGGGAGUGACGAUCUGGAGCGGAUGAGCGAUGGUGGCGACCGGCCACAAGAGGGCGACGCAGAGGGAGUCUGGAGCCCCGACAUAGAACAGAGCUUUCAGGAGGCCCUGGCCAUAUACCCACCAUGUGGACGCAGGAAAAUCAUACUGUCAGACGAGGGCAAGAUGUAUGGGCGUAAUGAGUUGAUUGCCAGAUACAUCAAGCUGAGGACCGGCAAGACCAGGACACGCAAACAGGUCUCUAGCCAUAUGCAGGUGCUGGCCCGUAAGAAGGUCCGAGAGCUUUCUACGGCCAUCAAGGUGACCAGUUUGGACCCCAGUGUGAAGGAUAAAGCUCUCCAGAGUAUGGCCUCCAUGUCGUCAGCUCAGAUCGUCUCGGCAACGGCCAUCAGUAACAAACUGGGACUCCCAGCUAUGCCAAGACCUGCCUUCACAGCAGCCGCCACAGGGCUUUGGCAGGGGAUGAUCGCAGCAGGGCAAGCAGGAUCCUCACAAGAUGUGAAGCCCUUCCUCCAGCAGCAGCAGCAGCAGCAGUCCUACUCCAUCCAACCAGCCGUCACCACCGCCAUCACCACUCCCGCGUGGCAGGGUCGUUCCAUCGGCACCUCUAAGCUCCGCCUACUCGACUUCUCCGCUUUCCUGGAACACCCGAGAGAAUCAGACGCCAACUACAAUAAGCACAUGUUUGUCAACAUGGGCCAGUCCUCGUACUCCCAUUCGGAUCCCCUGUUGGAGUGUGUUGACGUGCGUCAGAUCUACGACAAGUUUCCCGAGAAGACGGGCGGCCUGAAGGAGCUGUUCAACAAGGGCCCCGCACACGCCUUCUACCUCAUCAAGUUCUGGGCGGAUCUCAGCUGUAAUCUUGAGGAGGACAGUGGCGUGUUAUACGGCGUGAGCUGCCAAUACGAGAGCUCUGACAACAUGACCAUCACGUGCUCCACGAAGGUCUGCUCUUUUGGGAAGCAGGUCGUGGAGAAGGUGGAGACGGAGUAUGCUCGUUUUGAGAACGGUCGUUUCGUGUUCCGCAUCUCUCGUUCCCCCAUGUGUGAAUACAUGAUCAACUUCAUCCACAAACUCAAACACCUGCCAGAGAAAUACAUGAUGAACAGCGUACUGGAAAACUUCACCAUACUACUGGUGGUGAGCAAUAGAGACACGCAGGAGACGCUGCUGUGUAUGGCGUGUGUGUUUGAGGUCUCCAACAGCGACCACGGAGCACAACACACCAUCUAUCGCCUGAUCAAGGAGUGACACACACACACACACACACACACACACACACUACCCACACUACCCCCCUUCCCCUCUCAGCUGGCUUCCUAUUGGUUGAGAGCUUAUACUGACAGGAUUCACGAGUUUCACGCCGUCCCGUUACGGGGGGGUGGGGUGUGUGUGUGUGUGUGUGUGUGUGUGUGUGUGUGUGUACUGUUUGGCUGUACUGUUUGCAUCUUACGCCAUUCAGAAUGACGGCUGCCCCACGAUGCACUAGCUAACGAUACUCUGGGUGCAUCCCAAUAUGUGUCCUUGCCUCCUCCACUUGUGCUUGUCUCCUCAUCCCGCCUCCUGGCCCCUCCUCCGUGGAGAAAACGAUAAAGUUUCCCAGCUGUCAGCCUCGCCACAACAACUUUUGAGGGACUGUUUCUCAUCCACCAUCCCAAUUGCAAAUGAGAAAAAGACUUUACAAUUGAGCUUUUGCAAGAUAUUGAAAUAUAAUGCUGUUGUCAGUGAUGUCAUCAUGACGAGAAGCAAGUGGAGGAGGCAAGUGGAGGAGGCAAGGUCACAUAUUGGGAUGCACCCUCUGAUCCUGAUGCAACUGCAACACCGUCUCGUUACGCUGCCCUACAAAGCAAAACGGCAGUAACUGCGUUGUUGUGGUAAAUGAGUUACUAUGACUUUAAUGACGUAUAUCAAAGUUAAAAUUUAAAUAAAAUGAUUCAUCCACACAAAAGGUGGUAAUAUAAAGUAACAAAACUGCUGAAUGUCAAUAAUCUCCCCAAAACUACUUAGACUGGAUUGCAGUAUCAUUUAAAAGUCAUUUUACUCAGUUUGGAGCUCUGCGCAGUUACUGCCUUUUUGCUUUGUAGUGCUGUACUCUCAUCUUAUGCCGUUGAGAAUAGCCGCUGCCCACGAUGCACUAGCAAACGAAUACCCACGAUGCAACUGCACGGAUCUUACUAGCAGCUCACAGCUGGUCACCGCGUUCCAGUAGUCCAGAAGUGGUUAAUAUUGAAGAUGAGGCGUAUUAAAACGAGUGUUUUUGUUGUUCUUUUUUUUUUAGGUAGUCAAAAUAAUGUAACCUACAAAAAGCAUCCAUGAACCCCACAACAGGGGGUAGCCUUACCGCAGAAAUACACCAGCGGCGAUGCGAUUCAAGCGACAGAGUGCAGCAGCAAGCAAUACGAGCGAUUGAGGAGACUAGAGUAUGUCCGUACAGGCAGAAGGCAAAGCAUUCAAGCAUUCCCAUUGGCUGUGGUCACUGACCUCUAUACAGUCAUUCGGCUUGUCGCCGAACCGCGUCAUAGAAAGUUGAAAAAUUUCAACUUCAAACUGUCGCGCUCGUCGCGCAAAUAGCUCUAGUCUCCAGAAUCGCUUUUGUCGCGCGACUCAAUACAAAGUCAAUUACUUCCGUCGCUCGACUCGCUCAGAUCGCCGCUGGUGUAUUUCUGCGGUAAUCCUGACGGCCUACUUCGAGUGAAAGCACGUAGCGGUUAGCGGUUAGCGGCUAUCCUCUGCACUGGCAGGCAGCUGGGGCUGCACGAUAUUAGUAAAAUAUGCGAUACACGGCAACAUGACUGUAUACUGCGAUAUCAAUAUUAAUCGCGAUGUUUAAUACAUGCAUAUAUUUUCCCCUCUCUACUUGCCAUUCUACACUUUAUCAUGUACAAAACAACGGAGAGCAAUGUUUUAUUGGCAACAUUAUAUUUUAGUAGGAAAAACAUGGCUAAUAUACAGCAUCAAUUUUUAAUGCAUUUUUUAAUCUUCUCACCAUAUUUGCUAUUAUUACAAAUUAAAAACUGUUUGCGAUAUGUGCACAACUUUUGCGAUACAUACAUCGCAAGCUGUGAUAUCGCGAUAUCGAUACAUUUUCGAUAUAUCGUGCAGCCCUACUGGCAGCUGAAUUCCGAAUGACGUAAGACACAAGUACAGCCCCCCCGGCCGUCACGAGGUGGCGUGGAACUAGUGAGAGUACAGCCCCCCCGGCCGUCACGAGGUGGCGUGGAACUAGUGAGAGUACAGCCCCCGCUGCCGUCACGAGGUGGCGUGGAACCAGUCAGUCCCUUUAACUGACAGCAGUGGCAGUGCCUCUAGCCCCGCCACCGCCCCUCCCCCCCAGUGCGUGUCGCUGGCGUUUGGGCCAAUCAGAUUUCUCCUUCUAAUUAGUUUGUUUCCUUUAUGUUCUAUUGGAGCUGUUGGCUAAUGUUUCCUUUACGUUUAUGGGAUAUUGUAGACGUGUCUUGGUCAUGUUUCCUUUAUGGCUUAUGUAUUGGUAAUGUUUUGUUUAUGUGUAUUGUUCUUCGUGUGUGUGUGUGUGUGUGUGUGUGUGUGUGUGUGUGUGUGUGUGUGUGUGUGUGUGUGUGUGUGUGUGUGUGUGUGUGUGUGUGUGUGUGUGUGUGUGUGGGCGUAAACAAUGUGUUAUUGACUGUGUUACGGUACUCCUGUGAGGUGUGAGUGUUAUCCUGGGAGAGUGUGUGUGUGUGUGUGUGUGUGUGUGUGUGUGUGAGAAUGAGCAUAUUCUUAUACUCCUGUUCCAAAGGCAAGUCUGUGACCAAGAGCCUGUGCUUAACUGUGUGUGUGUGUGUGUGUGUGUGUGUGUGUGUGUGUGCGUGUGUGUGUGUGUGUGUGUGUGUGCCUUAAAAAUUACAGUAGAAAGAAAACAUGAAAACACUAUAACACUAACUGACACUAAAUUACUGGGUGCGUGCCUGUGUGUGUGUUUGUGUGUUUGUGUUUGUGUGUGUGUGUGUUUGUGUGUGUGUGUGUGUUUUUGCGUGCCCGUGUUCAGAUUUUAACGCCUUAAUGAAUAUUAAGCAGAACUGUAGCCCCGCCCACUCCUUUAUUACCAUGACAACACUGCCAAAGGUGACACACCCAGACCUGUGCCUUAGACUAACCGCACACACACACACACACACACA